AUGAUAAAUGAGACCACAGUUACAGAAUUCAUUCUUAAGGGCUUCUCAGAAAUUCUUGAAUUGAGGCUUGUUAGCAGCACAUUUAUCCUUAUCAUCUAUAUCUUUGCUCUCCUGGGAAACAUAUCCAUCAUUACAGCUGUGACGAGAGACAGUCGCCUUCACACCCCCAUGUACUUUUUCCUGAAGAAUCUGUCAUUUUUGGACAUGUGCUAUACUUCAGUCACCAUUCCCAAGGCACUGAUUGACUCAUUUUUGGGCUCAGGAGUCAUUUCCUUUUGGGAAUGUGUGGCUCAGCUCUUUUUAUUUGUAAUGUUGUGUGCAUCUGAGUGCUUUUUGCUCACAUCCAUGGCAUAUGACCGCUGUCUGGCCAUUCAAAGGCCCCUUCUUUAUGGGGUCAUUAUGAGUAGAAAAUUGUGUACAGAACUUGUAAUUGCAGCCUGGUUGAGUGGAGUUCUUUAUGCCAUCUUUCACACAAUUAACACUUUCUCCCUCCUGUUUUGUGGGCCUAAUAUCAUUGAUCAUUUCUUCUGUGAUAGCUCCCCCAUCAUGAGACUCUCCUGCACUGAUCCCCAUACCAAUGAGGAAAUUGGAUUCGUAGUGGGUGGGUGCAUCAUUCUUGGUGCAUUUGCCCUCACUAUAAUCUCCUAUGUUUUCAUCAUCUACACCAUUGCUCAGAUCCACUCUGCUGAUGGCCGUUGGAAGGCUUUCUCUACCUGCUCCUCUCAUCUGGCCACUGUCAUUCUGUUUUAUGUCACUGGAAGCUUUGCUUACCUGACACCUGCUUCCCAUUACUCUCCCACUCAAGGACGGCUGGUAUCUGUGUUUUAUUCCAUUCUUACACCCAGCCUGAACCCUCUUGUGUACUGUUUGAGAAACACGGACAUGCAGGUGGCCCUGAAAAAGCUAUUUGUUCCAUCUAAAUAG